AUGGCUGAUCACGCUGCUUUCACUCGAACUGAAGAUCCCUCUAAGGAAGAGGCCGUCAUCUUUGCACCCAAAACUCACCAAUACUCUAAGUUUUCUCUUGACAAAACUGAUUUAGCUAAGGAGCCCUCGGACCAAUUUCUCAAAUGGUUUAAGGAAGCUCAAGAAACCCCCACUAUUCCUAUUCCCGAAGCUGUGACUCUGUCUACAGCCCGUCUGCCGUCUGGCCGCGUUUCUUCUCGUGUAGUUCUCUUUAAGGAGCUUGAUAAAGACGGUUCACUUGUUAUUUACUCCAAUUGGGACACCUCCAAAAAGAACUCUGAUAUCCGUUCUAAUCCCCAUGCUGCAAUUAACUUUUUCUGGCCUCAGCUUGAACGUCAGGUCCGUGUCGAAGGUCCUACCGAAUUUUUAACCAACGAAGAAUCCCAAAUUUACUUCAACACUCGACCAAAGGAUUCUCGAAUUGGUGCUUGGGCGUCUCCUCAAUCUGUUCGUGUUGCUGACAGACAGAACCUCGAGGACCGUGUCAAAGAACAACAGGAACGUUUUAAAGAUGUUGAUAUUGUCCCGUGCCCACCAAAGUGGGGAGGUCUUCGCAUCAAGCCUGUUGAGUGGGAAUUUUGGCAGGGCAGACCUAACCGUGUCCACGAUAGAUACUCCUACACCCGUGAGACUCCUGAAGAUUCUACCUGGGAAGUUAAUAGACUGGGACCUUAA